AUGAAGCACACAGUUAACAACUCUAUGGGGGAAAUUAAGGGCGUGGAUAUCCCGCCCCUCAACCCCCUAACCCCCAUCCUCUCUCCAGGUCACCCCGUCCCUGUGCGCGCCCGUAGUCCUCUUCACCUACUACAACCCCAUCAUGAAGCGCGGUGCAGACACGUGCAUGGGGAGAUCAAGGGCAGAGCAGUCAAUCCCCCUCUUCACUCCACUACUACCCCUCUCUCUCUCCGCAUCGCCCCUUCCCUGAGCGCGCCCGUAGUCCUCUUCACCUACCACAACCCCAUCAUGAAACGCAGCGCUGAGGAGCUAACGGGGAACUUGAACCCGCCCCACACCCACCUUCUCUCCCCCCACCAUCCUCCUCCCCCCCCGGCCCACUUACAGGUCACCCCCUCCCUGAGCGCGCCGAUAGUCCUCUUCACGUACUACAACCCCAUCAUGAAGCGCGGAGUCGACAAGUUCAUGGGGGAGAUUAAAGCCGCCGGUGCGGCCGGCAUAGUGGUGCCGGACGUGCCUCUGGAGGAGACCAAGGUGCUGCGGGAGGUUGCCACUGCAAACGGGCUCGAACUGGUGCUGCUAACGACGCCCACCACCCCCACCGAGAGAAUGGGAGCCAUUGCUGACGUCACCCAGGGCUUCCUUUACCUUGUGAGUCUAACGGGAGUGACAGGCGAGCGGGCGGCAGUGCAGGGGCGGGUGGAGCAGCUACUAAAAGACAUCAAGGCCACCACAGACAAGCCUGUCGCCGUUGGAUUCGGCAUCUCUGCGCCUGAGCACGCUGAGCAGCGGGCAGUGCAGCAGGGGCAGGUGAAGCAGCUACUAAAGGACAUCAAGGCUGCCACAGACAAGCCCGUCGCUGUCGGCUUUGGCAUCUCUGCCCCUGAGCAUGGUGGGCAGGUGGUGUCAUGCCGAGCAGACGGAGUAAUUGUGGUGUCAUGGGGAGCAGAUGGAGUAAUCGUGGGGUCAGCGCUGGUGAAGCUGCUGGGGGGAAGCGAGACAGCAGAGGAGGGGCUGGCAAAGGUGGGCACUCUUAUGCGGUCGCUCAAAGCAGCAACGGCUCGCAACCUGCAGACAGCUUAA